AUGCUUUCCCCAUUUACCCCACCAUUUUGCCGGCCUGCAACUGCAACUGAAUCUGAUCGAGGGCCAGUCCAGCACUUCCAGCUCGGUCUCAUUAUCCCAUCUAAACGCAGGCAGGGAGUGUGUACCUUAGCUUGCCUCGCCUCGCUUCAAGUCAGGAACAUCGGCACAACCAAGACUUUGCUUCUUUCGUUCAUCAACCACCGGGACUCAAGCUUUCCUUCCUGGGGCCCCGAGCAUCCAGUCAGCAAAGAGCAAACGUCUGCCUUGGGACCAACACCCCUGGCAAGACUCCAGAGGCGUGCAGGAGCGUCUGAGAAACGGCAGCAAAGCCAAGCCGUAGCAGCAAUAGCAGCAGCGGCGGCGGCACCACCACAACCACAACCACCAGCCAACGUCGAGCUCUCCUCCUCCUCAUUCUCAUCCUUCUUCCAGUCCCCGGCCCCAGCUCCUAGUAUAGCCCCAUCCCAUGGUAGACUCCUAGUCCCAGUCCCAGUCCGUCUGCCCCAUGCCAAGCUCUUCGGCUUGCCCCUCUGCCCCCUUCUGGCUCUUGUCAAGCAACUCGGUGGAACGCAGCGUCUGUGGUGGAACAAUUCGUCUUCCCCAACUUCCAUCAAUCUUUCCGUCUCCUCCACCAACGACAAGCGGCGGAUUGUCGAUUGCGAUUCAACUUCGCCGGCUUUGCCGUUCAAAGUCCACAACGAGUCUAUUCACACUCUAGACCCCGUCAUCCCAGCAAUAUCGCUCCUACCAAUUGUCCCGGUCUGGUCAGGGAUCUCCAACCUCUUGGUCUAG